AUGGGCAAUGUGUGCACAUGGAGACAAGGGAAAGGUAAAUCGGCGGAUGAAAAUUUAUCAAUUAAAAAGGAAAAGGAAAUACAAAAUAAACUAGGACAAAAUAAUGAAAAUGUAAGAAAUGAUAAUAUCGUUUCAGAAAAUAAUAGAAAUACUGAAAAGAAGGACUUUUUAUUAAAAGAACCUUCAAUACAUAAAAGAGAAGAAGAGAAUGACUCAAAACAAACUAAAACAAAUAAUGACAGUACAGAAAGUAAAGAUAGUUCCAAACUAAAUAAGCAAGUUGUUAUUACUUUAAAUAAAAAUCAAAUAAUUAAUGAAGAAUAUUCAAGUGAUGGAGAUGAAACAGAAUUUCAUAGUGAAAUAGACAAUAAUGAGAUAGAAAAAAAGGAAUCUGACAUUGCAAAUAUAGAGGUAAGACAAAAUAAAAGAUUAUCUGUUAGCGCCGAAGCAUAUGGCGAAUGGAACAAGAAAAAGGAAAAUUUUGUGGCAAAAGUAUAUGAAAAAGAUGAGGAAGAAAAAUUGAAAAUACGUGAAGCAUUAAAUGAGUCGUUUUUAUUUAAUCAUUUAAAUGAAAAAGAAUUUGAAACUAUUUUAAAUGCAUUUUUUGACAAUAACGUAAAACAAGGUGUGAAUAUAAUAAAUGAAGGAGAUGAUGGGGAUUUAUUAUACGUAAUAGAUCAGGGGGAAGUGGAAAUAUACAAAACUAAAGAUAACAAAAAAGAAAUAUUGACAAUAUUAAAGUCAAAAGAUGUAUUUGGUGAAUUAGCAUUAUUGUAUAAUUCAAAAAGAGCAGCAACAGCUACAGCUUUGACUGAUUGCCAUUUAUGGGCACUCGAUAGAGAAUCUUUUACUUACAUAAUAAAAGAUAAUGUAGCAAAAAAAAGGCAAAUGUAUGAAGAUAUUUUAAAACAAGUUACUAUAUUAAAAGAUAUGGAUCCAUACGAAAGAUCAAAAGUAGCUGAUUGUUUGAAAUCAAAAAAUUAUUCUGAUGAAGAAAUUAUAAUUAAAGAAGGAGAAGAAGGAGAUACUUUUUAUAUGCUAAUUGAUGGAAAUGCUAUAGCUCUUAAAAAUGAUAAGGUAAUUAAAACAUAUAAUAAAGGAGAUUAUUUUGGUGAGUUAGCUCUUUUAAAAAAUCAACCAAGAGCUGCUACUGUAAAGUGCCAAAAAUCUUGUCAAGUUGUUUACUUAGAUAGAAAAAGUUUUAAAAGAUUAUUAGGUCCAGUUGAAGAUAUAUUAUAUAGAAAUGUAGAAAAUUACAAAGAUGUUUUAAAACAAUUAGGAUUAGACAUAACUUGUAUUGAAGGAAAUUAA